AAGUCUUGAAUUUUGCAUAAUCAUCAAAAAUCAGAAUUUUCUUUUUUCCUAUUCUAAUUGAUCAAAGCUUAGGCCAAAUCAUGACCCGUCUCGUGGCCGGUGUGAUUCUUUUGCUAUUAACGGUGGCUGGAAUCGUCUCCGCCGGUAGAGAUGCCACUGGAGACGUCCUACGGUUACCGUCGGAAGCUUCUAGGUUCUUUCAUCGCAGCGACAAUGAUGAAGUUGAGGGCACGAGAUGGGCGGUCCUGAUUGCUGGAUCUAAUGGCUAUUGGAAUUACAGGCAUCAGGCUGAUGUUUGUCAUGCUUAUCAACUCCUAAGAAAGGGUGGUCUGACAGAGGAAAACAUCAUUGUCUUUAUGUACGAUGAUAUCGCUUACAAUGAAGAAAACCCCAGGCCUGGAAUCAUCAUUAAUAGUCCUCAUGGCGAUGAUGUUUAUAAGGGAGUUCCAAAGGAUUAUACUGGAGAAGAUGUUACUGUUAACAACUUUUUUGCUGCUAUCCUUGGAAACAAAACUGCUCUCACUGGUGGUAGCGGGAAGGUUGUGGAUAGUGGUCCCAAUGAUCAUAUCUUCAUAUACUACACUGACCAUGGUGGUGCUGGUGUGCUUGGGAUGCCUACCGUUCCUUUUCUUUAUGCUGAUGAUCUGAUUGACGUUUUAAAGAAAAAGCAUGCUUUAGGGACCUAUAAAAGCUUGGUAUUCUAUCUUGAAGCUUGUGAGUCGGGAAGUAUAUUUGAGGGUCUUCUUCCUGAGGGUUUGAAUAUCUAUGCAACCACAGCAUCAAAUGCAGAAGAGAGUAGCUGGGGAACCUAUUGUCCUGGAGAGCACCCAAGUCCUCCUCCAGAGUAUGAAACUUGCUUGGGAGACUUGUACAGUGUUGCUUGGAUGGAGGACAGUGACAUACAUAAUUUGCGGACAGAGACUUUGCACCAGCAAUAUGAACUUGUGAAAAGGAGGACUAUCAACGGCAAUUCUGCAUAUGGCUCUCAUGUCAUGCAAUAUGGUGAUGUAGGGCUUAGCAAGGACAAUCUCUUCGCAUACUUGGGUACAAAUCCUGCAAAUGAUAACUUCACAUUUGUUGAUGAGAACUCCUUGCAUCCACCUACAAAAGCUGUUAACCAGCGUGAUGCUGAUCUUGUCCAUUUCUGGGAUAAGUAUCGCAAGGCACCUGAUGGCUCUGUUAGGAAGGUUGAAGCCCAAAAGCAGUUCGUUGAAGCCAUGUCUCAUAGAAUGCAUAUAGACCACAGUAUGAAACUCAUUGGCAAGCUCUUAUUUGGAAUUGAAAGAGGCCCAGAAGUUCUAAGGACUGUUCGACCAGCUGGACAACCUCUUGUUGAUGACUGGAAAUGCCUUAAAAAAAUGGUGAGAACUUUUGAGACACAUUGUGGUUCGCUAGCCCAGUAUGGGAUGAAACACAUGCGUUCCCUUGCAAACGUGUGCAAUGCUGGAAUUCAGACUGAACAGAUGGAUGAGGCGGCAGCACAAGCUUGUGUCAGCAUUCCUACUGGUCAUUGGAGCUCUGUUCAGAAAGGAUUCACUGCAUGAAUAUAGCAGAAUGGGCAAAUAUUAAAGGCCAAAACAGAUGAUUGUUCAUGUGAUUGCUUCUGUCUACAAUUAUUUAGGAGCAGCUCUGUACUAGACUGCUUAAUUUAAGUAAACAUGCAUCAGAUGCAAGUGUGUGUAUAUGAUUCUGUCAAAAAAAGAGUCUGUAAAUGAUUGUAUGAACCUCUUCCAUAUGUGUUGAAUGGGUAAGAAAUGUUACUAUGUGAAAA